AUGCACUUCAGGAGCGACUCGCUGAGUGUCACAAGGACUUUGCUCGGGACGUCACUGCUGGGGUCCUUGAUCUUGGCAUCUCAGCGAAUUCAAAGCCCAAAGGCGAGACGAAUUCCGUGCACGGCCACUUCUGCAAAGCGGGACGCCUUGCUUCAUCAGUUCCGGGACGCCUUCUAUGUGAAAGGCUAUCACAGCGGGAGGUACUUGGGAGCCACGCAUGAUGGGCAUGUGAUACAUGACGAGGUGCCCACAGAGUUCCACUUAUUUGUCUUCGUGCCGGGGAUGGAUGUCUUUACUGGCUUUGUGAAGCUGUACCAUCUGGCCUCGGAUCGAUCCAUUUUCGUGACACCGGAGGGGCUGCUGGGUUGUUAUCAUGGAGACUUCGAGGAACAUUGGUGGAGAGUUCUGCCCAGGGAUGACAAGGGAAGCUUCUCGUUGGUGAAUUUCGCCACAGAGUUCUUGAUCUACUCCAAUUCCGAUGGGCGCCUGGGGAGCUUCUUGGGCGACUACUUCGAGGAUCAGCUCUUUUGGUGCGAGCACCCUGCGAGACACUGGGACAACGAAGUUUGGGGAGCUGGGACCGCCGUGCUACCCAUCGAGUCUGAAGAGCUGGUUGGAGUGGAAGAUGCGGGAUUCCUUUGGGAAGGCUGCCGACCCGUCUACACGGACGCCUUCCAGGUGCGGCACUACGUGCGCCCAUCGGGCGACGAUCAACUCCAGGGGCUCGGGGAGGUGUGGCGGGCCUUGGCGCCCAUCGGCUGGGGCAGCGCCGCAGAUCUGAAGCGGAAUUCAACAACUUCACCGCGCAGUAAGGCGAUCGAGCACAUCCCUUUUCUGAAACACUUAGCCGCGCAAGGCCUCAUCUCCGAGCGCCACGCGCGGAACUGCGUCUACGCGGCGGCGCCCAUCGGCGCCGUGCGCUUUCGCCACAACGGGCUCCGGCCGUUGGGCGCCCUGGGCUUCGCGCUGGAGCCCACCUCCAACGGGCGCCACGUGCCGCUGGAACGGUCUUGGAAGCGUGCCUGGCAUGGCUCCAGCUUGCACCACAUCGAGGGGAUCGCCUCGGAGGGCCUGAGGGUGGGGAAGAAGGGGAUUUACUUGUCUCCAUCCUUCCAAUACACCUUCUGCCUCUACUCUUUGCCGGACCUCUGUGUCGACCACGCGCGCUUCCGGCUGGUGGUGGAAGUGCGCGUCCGCCCGGGUGCCUUCUCGGAGCACGGCGAUCAUUACAAGUUCUGUGAACUUCAACAUGUGGAGCCGCGAAUUCCAUUGGAUUGCUUGGAAUGGGAGGUUGGCAAGGAUGCAGAGGCAGUUCAGGUGGUGGGCCUUGUUCUGAAGCAGCUGAAGCCCAGCGAGCCCAGCCUGCGCCAUGACACCAACAUCCGCCACGGCUGUCAAGAGCUCAUCGCGCGGGUGAGACAAAGGCAGAGCUUGGCAACUGUGAGUGUUUGA